AUGUUUGACGUAACGAACUUCCUAAUGCGAUGGUUGUUUUUGUGCAACCUUAUCCGAGACAUAGCAGAGAUUCAAACUAUCCCUCGCAGUAUAGAUACAAGAAGCCAGUAUAUUGAACAUGGAAGUAGAAUUCAAGAGUUAUGUGAGGAAGACUGGAGGGACAAUUGCCUACGUGGAAUCUUGUCUUACCCUCCAGGAUCUCAACGACUAUUGGUGAUCGACUCCAUGCGAGCAGAACUCGUACAACAACUUUCGGAUUCACUUGUUGAUGCCGAUGAGACAGUUAGAUUAUACGAGGAGUCUCGGAAAAAUGAAAGCAACAAAAGCCUUCAGACGAGUUUUUUCCUUCCGCUAGAUGAAGAUGAAGAUGAAGAUGCAGAUGCAGAUGCAGAUGCAGAUAUUUUGCAAGCAUUCUGUACCGAGACUCCUCAUCAUUCCGCACACGACAACCAUGAUGGACAUCACGUUGAACUGGUUUCUACCUCCAGAAACAGCGAGAACCUCCAAGACCGUUCGAUAGACCAAAAACUGGAUUUCGGUAAAGAUGAAGAAUUCCCCCGGCGACUUCCAACGGCGGUUGAGUCGAAUGACGCUCAACUAACCAUUCGUAACGUUCGAGACUAUCUACCUCAGUUAGUAUCAGUGGUGCUGAAGUCGCCGCCUCCCUUUGAAUCACGUCUACUAAAUCCAAUCGACAAAUUGCGGCAAGUGAUAGUAGAUCGAUGUGUCGAAGAUGCCAACUGGGGAGUGGACUUGUGCUGGUUGCUAGAAGCGGAAGUGGGCCGUACCUGGAAAAAGCUAUUUGAGCAUCGUCAGCAAACUGGGAGGCGUUUGAUCGUUGUUCUGCCCGCAGAGAAGGCAGCCGUGUUGGCCAAAAUCGGAAACGAAAAACGAGAAGCAUUUGAUUUGCUGCAAGACUCGGAGCAAGCAACGGCGUAUGGUCACACUGUAUCCAUCGGAGAUCUAAACAACAAUUGCGGCGAAAGUUCCUUAGCCGUAUCCGCGACCGACAACCCUUCGUUUCGGCUCCCAUCGAGUCUAAGUCUGAGGCGAUGCAGUCACUUCGGUGACACGAUGCACUUCAUCGACAGACUUACGAAAAUAUCUCUCGAGUUGCGUCGAGUGCCAACAAUCCAUCGUGCUACGUACCUCCACGAUAGUUUGAGGGAAAUGAAUCGCAGAUUGAGAAGGCGGAUGAUUACUAGAGGUGAUGUGAGCCUUGAUGUCGAGGAUAGUCGUGGGCCUGACGACUGGCCACAUCACACGGACAUCUCAACAAGUUUUCUACAGUACUCAGUUCAUCUUCCUUUGGACCCAAAUCAAAACAAUCGGUGGCCAGGAAGUACAACUUCUGAGACGAUCGGUGGCGGGGCCGUCCGGGUUCUGAAUAUUGUUGUUGACGAGUGCCGGCUACUAUCUUCCCGGGAAAGGUGUCCUUUCUUGGUACAUUUAGAAGUUGCUGAGACUGGAUUCAAUGGUCGGGACUCCCGAUUAUAUGCAUCAGGUGCUCCGGGUUUGGGAACAACUAUCGAAGAGGCCUUAUCCAUGAGUUCAACAGUUGCGGCAAGCACGUGCGAUGAUGUUUCCCAAAGCGUUAUUCAUGCAUCAUACCAAAUUCCUCCUGAGCUAUUAACAUCCACACCAAAAGACGCUCAUUCGGUUUUACCGGUAGUCGAUCAACCAACCCAUCGAGCAGAAAAUCUUCGGGGUGGCACUCAUUCUGAUGAGAUGACAUUCUAUCCAUCGCCACCGGACCCUGAUGAUAUGUUGGCAUCGAUUCCCUAUAGUGAGGUGAGACAGCAACAAUAUGAACAGUUGCAUCAUCAAAUGUUUGUUGAUGAGUCCACAGCAAGAAAAGCCAUGCCUAGUCUUGCACAAAGGAACCUUGUAGUUUCUAUCCGAGAAGGACUGCUGUCACAAGUUUUCGGUCAAGCGUGGGAGAUGAAAUGCGACGAGAUAAAGCAGGCUUCUCCGUUUGGAAAGACGAAAGGAUGGCGCCUUGCGUCAUUCAUCAUGAAGGCUGGAGAAGACAUCCGUCGAGAGGCACUAGUAAUGCAGAUUAUUGUGAAAUUGAAUGAAUGGUUUCAGAAAGACAUUCAAGAAAACAUUAGACCACACUUGCGACCGUACACAAUUAUGUGUGUCGGUGGAGAUGCAGGUUUGGUGGAAUGUCUGAACGAUGCAAAGAGUAUUGACGAGGUGAAGAAACGCACUGAUUCGUUCCAAUCACUUCGCGAUUACUUUGAACGUGCAUAUGGGCCUCCUGUAUCGAAUAGUUUGAAUGAUGAGUAUUCAGGUAAAGGAGAGAAGGGGGGAAAUCUGACAUUCACUGAGGCGCAGGAAAAUUUUCUGCGAUCGCUAGUUGGGUACAGCUUGGUUUGCUACAUUCUCCAGAUCAAGGAUAGGCAUAAUGCCAAUAUUCUACUCGAUCGAGAGGGCAAUAUCAUUCACAUUGAUUUCGGUUUUGUUCUUGGCGAUGCUCCAAAAAUGGGAAAGGUACCUAUCUUCAGUGAGCGAGCCCCUUUCAAGUUGAGUGGAGAGUUCUGGGAUGUUCUUGGUGGAUGGAACGUGCAGCAGGGUGGGCUUGGUGUCCGAUUUUGCAAUAUGUUCGAACAUGCAUUUGCUUCAGCUGCAUCCCAUGCGGAAGACAUUGUCAGUCUAGUGGAGGCUACCAUGCUGACCCUUACGCAAAACCCACGACAGGCCAGACAACUUGCAAAUGGUAUUCGAUCACGGUUGCGAAUGAGGGGUCAACCUGGGUCAAGAGAGCAAAAAGCAUUUGUCAUGGAGCUUGUCAACGCAGCUCUGACAAGCUGGGGAACAUCUACUUACGAUUGGCUGCAGAAAAAUAUGAACGGUUACCAAUAG